AUGGCCGAGCCAGCAAUAAGGUGCCUACGGCAAUUGGCGAGUAUCUUUCACUUGGGCUGCGGUAAAGGCAAAAAGAACACGGAAUUUCUUAGGUACAAAGGCACCAAGCCUGGAAAAGCAGUGAAGCCUGGCACGGAGUUGCGUAUCCUCUGCGUGGGGGACUCCAUAACAGUCGGUUUCCUCAGCGAUCAGGAUGGUGGCGACGGAAAUGGGUACAGGCUGAGGCUGCUUGAUGAUCUGUCCCAGGACCAGAUCGUCUACGCUGGGACGGAGGUGACUGGUACAAUGAAAGACGGCUACUUCGCGGCCUGGUCAGGCAAGACGAUCCAAUUUAUUGCGGAUAACGUGGGGCCAUCACUUGCCCAAAACCCAAACAUCGUCUUAGUCCAUGCCGGCACUAACGACAUGAAUUCGAGUAACGCGAUUUCCACCGAAGGAAACGACCCGGCCGCCGCUGCGGAGCGCCUCGGCCAGCUCAUCGACAAGAUAGCAAAUUCCUGUCCCAAUGCGGUUGUUCUAGUCGCCAUGAUCAUUGGGACUUGGGAUCCGGUUCAGGCGCAAAGAACCAACCAGUUCGACGCGCUGAUCCCGGGCGUGGUGAGGCAGCGACGUGACGCGGGAAGGCAGGUAUUGGCUGUGGAUUUCACGUCAUUCUCGAAGAAGCUCUUGCGGGAUGGUGUGCAUCCUACUAAUGAAGGUUAUCAUGUAUUUGGGGACUACUGGUAUGAUUUCGUUACACAAAUCCCGGUUGAGUGGAUUCAACCCCCGGUUGGUAAUGAUCCGUACCGCUGGUGA